AUGUCUGAAGGCAUCAAGAACGGAGUGUUUCAACGCAACAACACAAAACCCCCAGCGGACAGCCCGGCUAUGCAGUUGUUUUCCUUGGCUGGUAAAACCGCAAUUAUAUCUGGCGCAGGUCAGGGGAUUGGCUUAACAGUAGCCAAGACUUUUGCGGAAGCGGGUGCAAAUGUGGCGAUUUGGUACAACAGCAACAGCAUGGCUAUUGAAGAGGCCGACAACAUCGAAAAAGUCUUCAAGGUCAAGUGCAAAGCAUAUAAAGUCGACGUCACCUCAUACGACGAAGUGAAGGUGGCGAUGGAAAACGCUAUCAAAGAACUCAAUGGGCGCCUUGACAUCUUCGUGGCAAAUUCUGGCGUUUCCUGGGGGGAUGAGUCGUUUAUCGACUCGAACAUUGCGAGAUACCUUGAAGUCAUGGACAUCAACACCAAUGGAUUUGUCUACUGCGCCCAUGUUGCUGGGAGUCACUUCCGCAGACAGAAGCAAGAGGGAACUACAUUGCAUGGGACUGAGCUCGAAAAUUUUGAAACCGGCAGCUUUAUUGCAACAGCGAGCAUGUCUGGCCACAUCGUCAACAUUCCUCGACAUCAAGCAACGUACAAUGCAUCUAAGGCCGCCGUCAUUCAUAUGUGCAAAUCACUCGCGAUUGAAUGGCUAAACUUCGCUCGUGUGAACACUGUAUCUCCUGGGUUCAUAGAAACUACUAUAGCCGGACCGAUCGCAGAUGAUGUCAUGAGCGCGAUCAUGGACAAAGUGCCUAUGGGACGCUUCGGGAAAACAGUAGAGCUCAAGGGAGUAUAUCUUUUGCUUGCGUCGGACGCUUCCUCAUACAUGACGGGAACAGAUAUUCUUGUCGAUGGUGGUUAUACCGCAACAUAA